AUGGUUUCACCAUCAUCUGGUGAAAACCAAACAGUCAGAACUGCCUAUUGCCUUAAACCAUGCAUCAAACAACACUCUUAUUUUCUUCCACCCCAUUUCUCUAUUUCCUCUCAAACCACCACAAAUUUGCCAUUAGAAGUGAAGUACAAUGGGUGGAGAAUUCCACAAGAAUGGAAGAAAUGGGUCAACAAAUUAAGAGCAAAGGUUGAAUUUUUAUGGAUCAAAACUGGAAUAUACCAUGCAAUCACAACUUCUACUUAUGACAUCAAAAGGGAUGAUGAUUUGAUCCUUCAACUUGCUGAUAGAUGGUGUUUCAAGACCAAUACUUUUGUGUUCCCUUGGGAAGAAUCAACAAUUACAUUGGAAGACACAAAGGUUUGUUUUGGUUACUCUCUUUUGGAUGAUUCUAUUUCUAAACCUCUUGAGAACAGUGAACAAGAAGAAGCAGAAGCAGAAUUGAUUGAACCAAGGAGAAUGUUUAAUAAAACUAAAGCAAGAAAAGUUGGUCAAAGGCCAUGGAUGAUGCAUUUCAUGGAGACUGAAAGCAAAGUGGAGCAUGAAGCAUUUUUAGUUUAUUGGUUAUCAAGGUUUGUAUUUCCUUCAGAUUCUUAUGAUACCAUUUCCAAAGUUUUUUUCCUUAUUGCAAUACAUUUAGCUCAUGGAAAUAAGAUAGCUUUAGCCCCUGCUGUUUUAGCUAGUAUUUAUAGAUACUUAACUUUGCUUAAUAGCAUCAUUAAUGAAAAUGCCACAACAACCAUAAAGACUUUUAGAGAAACUAUUUGGGCACCAUUUCAAUUGGUUCAAAUUUGGGCUUUAGAGAGGUUUCAAGCAUUAAAGCCACGCCCUUAUGGAAAAGGGCUUCACGGUUUACCAAAGGUGGCUAGAUGGGGUGGAAUAGAAAUGAUGAAAACUAAAAUCUUGAAAAAGGUCAUGGAUUGUGCAGGUUUUGGAGAUGGAUUUUUGUGGCAACCAUAUGAGAAUUCACCAUGCAUUGAGGUCUAUAAUGAAAAGGAUAUGUGGAGAUGUGGUAAUCCUUGUUUAGAUAAAGAGUUAGAGUCGUUUUCUCGAUGUUUGAGGGUUUGUGAAUUGGUUGGUAUGGGAUGUAAAGAGAAUUACUUCCCUCGUCGUGUCGCAAUGCAAUUUGGUAUGGAUCAAGAUAUUCCUGGUGAAGUUUUUCUUUGUAAGAAGGAUCCUUGGAUGAUUUAUGACGAGCCAAUCCCAAUAGAUAUAGAUUUGCUCAUUCAAUAG